AUGGGAUUUACUUAUAAUCACAGUUCUGGUGAUUAUGGUCUGAAGUCAGCAGCAGAAAUCUUACUUGAUGAAAAUUGUGCAAGUGUAAUGUGGAUCGCUGUUUUCCUAAGCACCGUGGUUUUGGGAUUCACACUCUGGUUGAUCACGCGCCUCUGGACUUCGAUUUCUGGAGAUCAAGGGCUCAGCAUCUCCACUUCCUUCUUCUACACCUGCGAAGUGCUCGUCUCUGGUCCCAGUCUGAAUCUCCCGGUCAAUUUCACUACCAGGUUGGUGGCAUUGUGUUUAUGGAUAUUCUCCUUUAUCGUGACUUCGGCCUACAAGUCGUCCUUGAUCGCACACCUGACAAUCCCAGUCUUUCCUCCACCAAUCAACAGCUUCCAGGACUUGCUCGACUCCGACGGAGUCACAUGGGGCAGCGAUGUGCUCGAAGGGGCGGAGUUCAUGUACUUCAACUGCAGUCUGGAUCCUGUGGUCAGGGAAUUUCGAUCCAGGUCAGAGAUCGACACAUUGGACAACCAUAUGGACAAGGUCAUGAAAGGUCGCCAUGCAUACCUCGAGUCCCAAAUUUACAUGAGAGACAUCAUCGCUUCCCAGUACACGAGCAGCCUUGGCUAUACCCCUAUCCAUUUCAGUGAGACGCAGUAUCCCACCGCUGGCUACGUUUGGGGUUUCAGGAGAGGCGCCAUAUUCACGGAAGCCCUGACGAGGAUGAGGACUCGACUUAACGAAGGGGGUCUUUUUGACUAUUGGACGAAUGACGUCAUCAACACCAAAGCCUGGAAGACCAGGAGAGACAUCAAGGAAAAGGGAGGUCAGCUGAAGCUCGACGCUGCUGACUUUCGUGGAGAGGACACAGUAACCAAGGAAGUCCUAAGUCUGAACCAUUUACAAGGAUGCUUCUACAUCUUGUUCAUCGGAUAUAUCGUCGCCCUGUUGACACUGACGUUGGAAAUCUGCAUAGGACACCUCAACUAAAACUGAGGAAUAUUCUGCGUAAUAUGGCCAUCAUCCACUUAUGAACGGAUCACAAUAUUCACACAAGACACAUUCCCCACUAGAGUCGGUUUCAAACACGCUCAUGUGUAUGCAUCACCAAAACAUCAUAUCUUC